AUGGUUUCGUCUGUAUUGCAGUCCAAUUACUCUCCUUUAGCUACCUUCUUGUUCUUGUCGCUCUUCUUCGUCUACACCACUUCAUUUCAUGGUGCCGGCGCUUUUGCAUCCUCCACUUCUUCAUUCACUGUCAACGUGACUGAGAAUAAGGAUGAAGCAGAAGCUCUCUUAAAUUGGAAAUAUACUCUUGACAAUCAUAGUCAAUUUCUCCUCUCUUCAUGGCAUGGCAACAAUCCUUGCGUCUUUACUGGCGUCGCUUGUGAUGACUAUGGAGCUGUCACCCAUCUAAAUUUUUCCUAUCUUGGUUUGAGAGGAACUCUAGAUGGCCUUGACUUCUCACGCAUAACCCAUGUGGUUAGCUUGGAACUUGGCAACAACUCAAUUUAUGGCUCCAUCCCCUCAAGUGUCGGUAACCUUUCCAAACUCAACUGUUUUGAUCUUUGUGGCAAUGAAUUGUCUGGGAACAUUCCUCUAGGUAUAGGAUCCAUCCCUUCAGAAAUCGGAAGGCUCACUUCCCUUAUUGAACUUGACCUAUCAGUCAACAAUUUUACUGGCUCAAUUCCUUGCUCCCUUGGAAACUUGACAAGUUUAUCUAUUCUUAACCUCCACCGAAAUGAUUUCACCGGUCCUACUUUUCUUGCAAAAUUUGGCAACUUAACGGAAUUAGACAUUUCAAAGGAUGCCCUUUCUGGUUCCAUGCCACAAGAAAUAUAUGACUUGAGGAGGUUGAAGAGAAGCAUCCCUUUUGAGUUAGGCAAUACACAAUUCCUUGAAGUUCUUGACUUGAGUCAUAAUAUGUUGAAUGAAGACAUACCAAGAGAGCUUGGAGAUCUGAGAAUGCUACAAGUUCUAAACAUCUCCCACAACAACCUUUGCGGUUCCAUUGCACAUGUUUUUGGUGAUGCGUUGGCCUUGACCUCCAUUGAUGUAUCCUACAAUGACCUGGAAGGUCCUCUCCCAAAUGUCAAGGCUUUCAUUGAGGCUCCAUUUGAGGCAAUUCAGCAUAACAAAGGGCUAUGUGGAAAUCUUGUUGGUUUACCAAAAUGCAAUUCUACCAUGAACAAGAAAAGCAUUAGACGCAUUAAUACUAGAAUCGUAGUUGUCCUGAUUCUCUCAUUGUUGGGGUUUCUCCUUCUCUAUUGCACCUUCACCAUUCUUGUCAUCAUCAAUCACCAUCAAAGAAGGAUAAUUAAGAGGGAGAACAAUGAACGGGCAAAUGAUUUAGAUUUUAUGCGUAUUUUAGGUUAUGAUGGCAAGGUUUUCUAUGAUCGAAUCGUCAAAGCCACCAGAGGAUUUGACUCUGAGUACUAUGUGGGUCAAGGAGCAUAUGGAAUUGUUUAUAAAGCCAAGAUAUCAGAAGAUCAAAUGGUUGCUGUCAAGAAAAUCUCAUCAUCUCAGGAAGAUAGCGAGAUUGUUGAUUUGAUACCAUUUGAAAGGGAAAUUCAAGCCUUGAGAAAUAUACGCCAUCGCAACAUAGUGAAAUUUUAUGGGUUCUGCUCUCAUGCCCAACGUUGUUUUCUGGUGUACGAGUACAUGGAAAGAGGGAGCUUGAGAACAAUUUUCAAUGGGAUAAGAGAGUAA